CGCCUCGCAGCACUUGGCGGACCGGAUCCUGGUGGAGAACAAAGGCGUCGAUUCUAUCACAUUCUUCUGCGAGCAGAACGGCGACGAGGAGGUGAAGGCCUUGGCGGCCGCUUUGAAGGAGAACCGACAGGUGACGAGUGUCUACCUCAAUCAAGGUGGCUUUGGCGAUGCUGGAGCGGAGGCUUUAGCCGAGAUGUUGCACCAGAACCGUACGAUCAAGAAGAUUGUUCUCAGUUCGAAUCGCAUCACUACUGUGGGGGCGAAGGCGUUGCUGGAGGCACUCCGAGUCAACAAGGUUGUCACGUACAUCUCUCUCAAUGACAACGGUGAAAUCAGCAAGGAGGUGAGGACAGAAAUUUGGGAGAUUGUUACAGCCAACGUGGUAGCUGCGUACGUCCUGACUCUCAACGAAUCCGUCACCGAGAUCAACCUCCGAUGCAAGGAGUUUGGCGCCGAGGGAAUGAAGGUCUUGACAGCCGCUUUGAAGGAAAACAAACAGGUGACGAAGAUCAACCUCGAAAGAUGUAUCGGUGAUGUUGGAGCACAGGCUUUAGCCGAGAUGUUGCACCAGAACCGUACGAUCAAGAAGAUUGUUCUCAGUUCGAAUCGCAUCACUACUGUGGGGGCGAAGGCGUUGCUGGAGGCACUCCGAGUCAACAAGGUUGUCACGUACAUCUCUCUCAAUGACAACGGUGAAAUCAGCGAGGAGGUGAAGAAGGAAAUUGAGGAGGUUCUUGAGGCACAGGUAGAGGAAGAAGGAGAAGUCUUUGAUUUCAGCAUGCAGAAGUCCGGAGGUGGCCUGGGUUUUGAUGCCUGUUGCAGGCGUGCAUACAUCGUGGUGACCGAAAUCUUUGACGAUGGUGACGUAGUGGAAACCAACAAUGCCAUCGCAGAGCCGACGAAUCGUUUGAAGGCAGGUGACUUUAUCGUAGACGUCAACGGUAUAAAGGGUGACAGCGACGCGAUGGCAAGGAAGUUCGACGAUUUGCAAGAGGUGAAAAUGACGAUCAAGAGGAUCCACAAUUGAGAGGCCUUCCCCAUUGUAACCCAGAUGGCUUCAUGGCCACUUGCCGCAAGGUCAGCGUGUUUGCACCGAAUUCGAUUGGAGCUGCGAUCCUGAUGGAUCGAUUGCGUUCAAAGCACAGCUUCAAGAUUGGUCUUGAACAAAAUAGCCUAGGUGUCGAGACGAAAACUCUUGGCGCUGUUCUUUGUGGAUGGGUGGUGGGAAUGUUCCGAGAGAGUAGAUGGGAAUUUGCUUCUUCCGGUCGGUGUGAUGACAUGUGGCUGCUCUGGCCCCGUUCAGGCUUUCAUGAACAAAGCGAAUGAAUUGUUGUCAGGUGAGAGAACCUGCAGCGUUGAGGCAUAUUGGGUGAUGUUUUCUUGGAGUAGUAGUGGUUUGAUGGUCUGAUGUUUCAUUUGCAAUUUAUUGUAAAGCUGGGCUAGCCCAACGCAAGGCCAACCAUGACUUAUAACUAACAUAACUUUACUAAAAGUAAAACCAACCAACAGUGCAAUAUUGAGAAAAAGACUUGCGCUUGAUUUUGGAAAAGCUUUCUUGAGGGCAAGGGCAUUUGAGUUGAAAUUUUCCGAAACACCGUGAAAAUGAAAGCCCAGCAGCGAAGCGAAAAGACAGGCACGAAGAACAAUCUUAAAAGCUCAAAACAUAAACCUGCAAGAAUACAUACAGUGGUAGCCGCUCUUCAAAUGGUUUGUAUGGGUGUACUUGGGGGGGAAGUUUGCGCGGGCAACUGCGAAUAGCAGUGUCUCGCGCAGGGUUGCGUAGUUGUGAGUUGCCGAUCCUGUAAUGCAUGAUGGAAAGAACAAUGCACUAUGGAUGUUUCUUUAGUUGAUUUGCUUGGUGGCUGUGUGGAGCGGUAGUUAAGAAGUUUCAGGAAGCACCUUUUGAGGAAAAUGAUGAAAUCGAGAAAUAUGGUGGUGGAUUACACAUUCAUUGAAGGAUUUGUUGCGCGGUGUUAGCUUUGUGAAGGCAGCCUUGCAUUCUUGAGGGUUGAACUUGAAAUUGUGAAGUUGUUGAGCUAAUCUGUUUAGGCAACGCGCCCUGCUGAGCUAGACUUCCGU